AUGAGCAGAUCGUCCAAGCCAAACCUCUUCUUCGAUAGUGAAAUUGAGAAGACCGCGAAGAAGCUAAGGAAGGAGGCGAAGGCGAGGAAGCUAUUGGAUCUGCUGGAUUCGCAGGCUGACCCUCCCAUUCGACCAGAACAGUUCGUCGAGGAGAAACCCAGUUCUGUAGCUGCGGAAGAGGCUCUGUUUGCCCAAACAGACCACGACUCGGAGACAGAAUCAGACUGUGAAGAAGAAACCGACUCAAUUUUGGUUGCAAGUACUGAGAGUGACAUGGCUGACGAUCCGAGUCUGUGUGAUCUCUCCAGCCACGAAGCUGAUGACCCCCCAACUCCGAUCCGGAUGCCGGCGGCUGCUACUGCUAUAGAAAUUGAGCUUCGGUUGCUUAAUGUUCUUCCUAAGUACUAUGGGAAGAAAGGAGAAGAUCCAUACAAUUUCCUGAGCGAAUUCAUCAAGAUCUGUAAGACGAACGCGCUAAAGAAGGAGAUCAGUGGUGCAAAGCAGGAGUAUGAUGAAUCGUUAAGCGCCUACUGGACCAGAUUUAGGAUAUUGGUGGAUAGUUGUCCAAACCACAAGUUUUCUGAGGGUGACUUGUUGCAGUAUUUCUACCAAGGGAUGACCGUUGACACUAAGAAUUUGGUUAACUCAGCAAGUGGAGGGGGAUUUUCCCAAAACUCGGUGAGUGAAGCCAAAAGAUUAAUUCAACACUUGGUGGAAGCUACGAGGGAAUAUGAGGAGCCGCGCAUCCAACUGCUCAAAAAGGCUGCUCAAGCUAGUUCAUCAGAUUUUAAGGAGAAGUUAGAAGCAAGGAUGGGGAAAUUGGAGAGAAUGUUGAGUACUGUGGUGGAGAAGCUUCAACAAUCUCAAGCCGAGAAGAAGGUGCAAAUCGAAGGACUAUCCCGUCAGAUGUCUCAGCUCGCCACAUCCAUGAAUCAGCUUAAGGGAAAUAAUGGGACUUUGCCAUCUCAAGUUCAUGUGAAUCCCAAGGAGAAUGUCAACAAGAUCACCCUGAGGAGCGGUACAGAGUUGGACGGGCUGACACCCCAGAACUCUCAAGAUGGACCGCAUGUAGAUUCUGGAGUCGAAUUUCGUGUGGAGGAAUUCGAGCGUUCUGUUGACACGACGGAUCCAGUCAUUCAGCAGACAGAACAGUCCCGUUUGGCCAAACAGAACAAGGGGCCGACAGCUGAGCAGAAGGGGAAAGGAGCAGAACUUGAAUCCAACGAAGAGGAGCAGACUAAGGUCUCUAAACCUUUGAGCUUACAUGAUCCCAAGGUUGCAACAUCAGUCCCCUUUCCAGGAAGAUUGGCGAGGAAGAAGCCGGAAGAGGAACUCAUUGAUUUUGUGAAGAUUUUUGGCAAACUUGAAGUGAAUCUUCCAUUCUUGCAAGCGUUGAAAAUCCCUCCCUUUGGGAAAUUUGUGAAAGACUUUAUAGCUGGAAAGUCCAAGGCAACUGGAAAGAUUGUGAUGGGCGAGAACGUCUCAGCUGCACUCAAGAAGGAGUUACCAGCCAAGUGCAAGGAUCCUGGUAUGUUUUCUCUUCCCAUUUACAUUGGUGAUACUAGGAUCGAGCAUGCUAUGUGUGACUUAGGAGCGUCUAUCAAUGUUAUGCCUCUCACUAUUUAUAAUAGAUUGUCGGGUGUAGAAUUGGUAGACACUAGAGUAGUCAUUCAGUUAGCCGAUAGGUCUUGUGUUUAUCCCGAGGGUUUGCUUGAGAAUGUGCUUGUAAGUGUGAAUAAUUUUGUUUAUCCUGCUGAUUUCUAUGUGGUGAGGAUGAGUGGAGUGCAAUCUAAGGGUUCAACGGGAGUCCUUUUAGGUCGUCCGUUCCUAAGAACUGCGAAGUCAAUCAUAGAUGUUAGUAAUGGCACGAUUUGUCUGGAUUAUCAUGGGGAGAAAUACACUUUUAGUAUGGAUGAUGCCAUGAAAAUGAAGGAAUAUUAA